GCAAUGGAAUGGUAAUGUAGAGGUAAUGUAGUGGGAACUAUUAAGAUAAUGGUAAGGUAAUGUAAUGUAAUUUAAAGGUAAUGUAGUGCGAACUGUUAAAAUAAUGUAACGUAAUGUAACAGUAAUUUAAAGGUAAUGUGUGGGAACUGUUAAGAUAAUGUUAAGGUAAUGCAGUGGGAACUGUUAAGAUAAUGUUAAGAUUAUGUAACAGUAAUUUAAAGGCAAUGUAGUGGGAACUGUUAAGAUAAUGUUAAGGUAAUGCAGUGGGAACUGUUAAGAUAAUGUUAAGGUUAUGUAACAGUAAUGUUAAGGUAAUGUAGUGGGAACUGUUAAGAUAAUGUUAAGGUUAUGUAACAGUAAUGUAAAGGUAAUGUAGUGGGGACUGUUAAGAUAAUGUUAAGGUUAUGUAACAGUAAUGUAAAGGUAAUGUAGUGGGAACUGUUAAGAUAAUUUUAAGGGUAUGUAACAGUAAUGUUAAAGGUAAUGUGUGUGAACUGUUAAGAUAAUGUUAAGGUAAUGCAGUGAUAACUAUUAAGAUAAUGUUAAGGUUAUGUAACAGUAAUUUAAAGAUAAUGUAGUGGGAACUGUUAAGAUAAUGUUAAGGUUAUGUAACAGUAAUGUAAAGGUAAUGUAGUGGGAACUGUUAAGAUAAUGUUACGGUUAUGUAACAGUAAUGUAAAGGUAAUGUAGUGGGAACUGUUAAGAUAAUGUUACGGUUAUGUAACAGUAAUGUACAGAUAAUGUAGUGGGAACUGUUAAGAUAAUGUUAAGGUUAUGUAACAGUAAUGUAAAGGUAAUGUAGUGGGAACUGUCUGGGAAUGGUGUCCAUGGGCCAUGAGUUCCCGAUUCUCCAGUCUUUUCCCAAAGUGUUCACUUGUCUUGUAUUCUUCCCGUUGUGGAUGUAAAAGUAUUGGAUUGGUGUAAAAGCAUUAGCUGGAGGGAAUUACCCAAAACAUGUACAUCCGUGACGGGGCGUGUGCAAGUGCCAAUUUCGAGAGAAGUGUGUUAAACCUCCCAGGUAUCUGGACACCUGUCAAGGUAAAGGUCCGGUAUGACCAAAUUCACAUAGAAAUGUGAGUACAGGGACCUCAUCAACUCGGUUCAACAGAACAGAGAGGACAUGUUGAGUCCCACCAACAACAAACUGACAGACGUGUUGGAGGAGGCUAACAAACUGUUUGCAGAAGUCCGUCAGGCCCGCGAAGCAGCUCUCGACGCUCAGCUCCUGGUGCUGGCUACAGACCUGGGGAAGGAGAAGGCCAGCCAGCUACACGCUGAGGGAUCAGCCUUCGAUCCCUCAGCCUUCGCCGAACACCUGUUGUCGUUCAUGGGUUUGAAUCGCCUGGAGGAUGAAGAUGAGGAGGAGGAGGGUGGUGGUGCGAGCGGUGGCUACCUCCCCCAGGACGCGUGGCAGAGGGUGGCUAAUAGAGCUCAACGCUGCUUCAGGACUGCUCCCUCCUUCCACUACAUGAUGGGAUCGUUCCUGGCUGAGUUGCCUCCGCCUCGCCAGAGGGUAGAGAGACAGAGGAAAGUUCCCGGGAGGGAGGCCAAGAGGAUCAUGCCCACUCAGUUGAGGAGGAUGGAGGAGUCUCACCAGGAAGCUACAGAGAAGGAGGUAGAGAGGAUUCUGGGAUACCUGCAGGACUACUUCAAUGAGGACCCCACAUCUCCCAUCUCCUACUAUGAGUUUGUCAUAGACCCCACCUCCUUCUCCCGCUCUGUGGAGAACAUCUUCCACACCUCCUUCCUGGUCAGGGAUGGUGUGGCGAGGAUGUACCUGGACCACGAUAAACUUCCUUGUAUCGCUCCUGUAGAAGAAGGGGAGGUGGAGGCUGGUGGAACAUCCAGCAGACAGCAGUGUGUCAUCUCUAUCAGCCCCAAGAGUUGGAAGGAGAUAAUUGAGGUCUUUAGUAUCAGCGAGCCUCUGAUCCACCCUCCCAGCACACAGCACACAGAAUGAUACGGCUCCUUUUUUAAAACAUCAUCAUCUUAUCGACUUGAACUCUAACUGUAAAUAUUUGUUUUCUAUAAAUAGUUGUUGUUCACAGUUUUUAAAUUCAUGACAUUUAUUUGAUUAAAAAGAGAGAACCGAA